GGACUAUCUCCUAGUGGCAGGCCCUUCGAUAAAAUCAGGAACUUGCGCUGGCCCUGCAAUGUCAAGGGAGGGGGCUCACCCAGGGCUCCUGUAGCUCAGGGGGCAGCCCUGAGCCCUGCGUUCACCCCACCACUGGCCAGCUCCCCCUCCCCGCAACGGGGCACCCCUGGCCCCAUCCUGAGGGGCUCCGAACUGGCUCCCACCGAGGCAGGGGAUCUGACUGGCUUGGAGUUCGGCUGGAUGUUACAGGCGUGCAAAAUGGAAGGGUUUCCCCUCGUCCCCCCUCCGUCGGAAGAUCUGGUUCCUUAUGACACGGAUCUGUACCAACGCCCGGCUCACGAAUACUACCCCUAUCUCAGCAGCGAUGGAGAAAGCCACAGUGAUCAUUACUGGGACUUCCACCCACACCACGUGCACAGUGAGUUCGAGAGCUUUCCCGAGAACCAUUUCACGGAGCUGCAGAGCGUGCAGCCGCCCCAGCUGCAGCAGCUCUACCGCCACAUGGAGCUGGAGCAGAUGCACGUGCUCGACACUCCCAUGGUGCCACCCCACAGCAGCCUCAGCCACCAGGUCUCCUACCUGCCCCGGAUGUGCCUCCCUUACCAAUCCCUGUCCCCAGCCCAGCCCAGCUCAGACGAGGAGGGUGAGCGGCAGAGCCCCCCACUGGAGGUGUCUGAUGGGGAGGCUGACGGCCUGGAGUCUGGGCCAGGCCUCCUGCACGGAGAGACAGGCAGCAAGAAGAAGAUCCGCCUGUACCAGUUCCUGCUGGACCUGCUGCGCAGCGGCGACAUGAAGGACAGCAUCUGGUGGGUGGACAAGGACAAGGGCACCUUCCAGUUCUCGUCCAAGCACAAGGAGGCGCUGGCGCACCGCUGGGGCAUCCAGAAGGGCAACCGCAAGAAGAUGACCUACCAGAAGAUGGCGCGCGCGCUGCGCAACUACGGCAAGACGGGCGAGGUGAAGAAGGUGAAGAAGAAGCUCACCUACCAGUUCAGCGGGGAGGUGCUGGGCCGCGGGGGCCUGGCCGAGCGCCGCCACCCGGCGCACUGAGCCCCGCGCCCGCCCGGCCGCCCGGCCGCCGCCGCCUGGCCGGGGACCCCGCCGCCCGCCGGCCAUAGCAUUAACCCCGCGCCCGGCCCGGACUCAGGGAGGACGCUCCCGGCGGGGCGCAGGCAGGACUGCCGGGGAGGGGGGGCCCGGACCCGCACCCCUCCUUCCAACACCCUCUCCACCCCCACCCUCCUCCCUCAGGACUCUGCCUGGGCGUCGGCGGACCCCACCCCAGGGUCAGCCUCGCUUUGUGACCACGGGUGCUUCCUUGGGAGUCUGAGGUCAUCCCACCCACCCGUGUAAGUUCGACCCUCCCUUCAGCGACGCCCCCCCCAUCCACCUGCCUCCCCCAGAUCGAAUAAAAUCGUCCCCACCUCCCUCAUC